GGUAACACGUUCGUUUCGUUCGUUCGUUCGUGUGCUAAUGCUAGCUAAUGGUGGAUAGUGUCUCACAGUGUUUUGUUCAGACAGUGCGGAUUUAUAAUUUUCUGUAAAAUGAAAUCUAAGAAACGGCAUCAGUCAUCUUCAGAAGAAUCAGAAGAGUCUGAUGCAAGUAUUAAGUCGAGUAGUACUUCUGGAAGUGAAAGUGAUGAUUCUUCGGAAUCUGAACACCGGCACAAGAAGAAAAGAAAACGUGCUGAUUCCACGGAUUCAGAAAGCGAUUCUGACGACCAAAAACGUACAAAGAAACGUAAGCACAAGAAAAAGAAGAAGAAGCAUGGGAAAAAGAAAAGGCGUACCGAUUCUGUUGAAAGUCUUUCUGUGGAAGAGAUUUCUAUGAGUGAGGGUGAAAUAUCGUCCAAAAAGAAACGGAAACACAAACAUAAACAUUCAAAGCGAGCGCGUAGUUCGUCUGCAAGCGAAGACGAAGAACACGUUGAGCGUCGUCUAAAUAGUGUUGUUAAAGAGCGUCGUGCUUCAUCGGAAGAGGGCAGUCAGCCUUCACGCACCUAUUACCAGAGAGAAUAUCGUCAGUCAGGAUCUGGCGACGAACCAGAAUACGAUCGUGAACGUGAAGUACAACGCUUCUACAGAGGUUCAAGCAAGGAAAGAUCUCAUCAGUAUGCAGAACGUUACCAGUAUGACCGAGAACGCACCUACAAAUAUGCAUCAAAUCAAGACAAAAACUAUAGACCAAAGUAUGAUCAAAGUGCACCUUAUAACGACUCUGAAGAUUAUGGUCGGAGACAGAGAGAGUAUGAUGAAUAUAGAAGGAAUCAGAGAUAUGAAGAGAGGAGGCCACCUGAGGAGUAUCAUGGAAGACCAAGAGAGGAAACAUACCAUCCUAGAGAGGAUACAAGAGGUUACAAUCAUAACCGAUACAAUCAAUAUGAAGAAAGAGGACCUAAAAGAAACUAUGAUGAUGGCAGGGAAUAUCGUGAGAGACGCCCACCUCCAGAGCAAGACCGUUACCGUGAAAGGGAAUAUCCAGAGAAGAGGGACAGAUUUCAAGAGAAGUUUUCUCCAGAACGGACUCGUGAGGUGCGACGCGAGCGGCCUGCCAGACCGGACAAGCCACCUAUGCCAGCACAAAGGGAAAAUUCUAGAAGCCCAGAAGACCGUUACAGGGAGAGGAAUAGGCGACCGGAGGUUAAAGAAGAGGAGCCUCGUUUCCGUGAGGGGCGCGGCAACGAGCGCCGCGAGGCGCGGGACGUGCGGGACCCGAAGCGCGAGGCGCGCUCGCCGCACGAGGCCGCGCGCCGGGAGCGGCCGCCGCGCGGGGACGAGCGCCCGCCGGUCAAGGCGGAGCCCAAACCUCGGGAACGCAAGAGCAGAUUCGGUCCCGAGGACAAUAAGGAAUACAGCUGGGGCAAGACAGAAGUGAAGAAGGAAGGUUCCAAUGCCGCUGACAAGGAGAAGCCGAACUUCGGUCUGUCAGGCAAGCUGACCGCAGACGCCAAUACGGUCAAUGGAGUGGUCAUCAAGUAUACCGAGCCUGAUGACGCUAAACAACCUAAGAGGAGGUGGAGGUUCUACCCAUUCAAAGGCGAUAAGGCGCUGCCGAUCCUGUACAUCCACCGGCAGUCAGCGUUCCUGAUGGGGCGCGACAAGAAGGUGGUGGACAUCAUGCUGGAGCACCCUUCCGUCAGCAAGCAGCACGCCGCGCUGCAGUACCGCGCCACGCCCUUCACGCGGCCGGACGGCUCGCAGGGGCGCCGCGUGCGGCCCUACAUCAUCGACCUGGACUCGGCAAACGGCACAUUUGUGAACAACAAGAAGAUAGAGCCGAGGCGCUACGUAGAGCUUCUGGAGCGCGAUGUAGUCAAGUUCGGGUUCUCACAGCGCGAGUAUGUACUGCUACAUGAGAACAGCAAGGACGACGCUCAGGACGACGAUAACCAGGAGCCGACACUAGGUGCUGCUGUUACUACCACCGACCAGAUCAAACAGGACAAGCGAGUGAAGCAGGAGGUCGCCGAGGACGGGGAAUAGGUUAGACAUAUUUAUGUCUAAUUAUCUAGUACAACCCGUGCGAAUCAACUAGGCACUUUGAUGAAGUAAUGUAGUGUUUGAGAUACGUAGUAUCCACUCGCGGGAACCGAGACGCCUCGCAAAUUCAUACAGGCUUACAUUCGGAAAGGGGAUAUAGUUAAUUCGCACGUGUUAUAGACAUGGGUACAGAUUUUGAACGCUUGACUGUGUAUAGGUUGCGCACAAUGUGUGACAUAUAAAUUAGGACACUCCUUUCGCACAUCUUUUUUUACUUUAUACCAGCUAAACAGAUGCGAAAUUCAACCACUGAGCAAAUAAAGAUCAGCGUUCAGUAUCCGUGCCUAUCCUGUAACGUAGAUUUAUACUUUUAAGUCGAAAAUAAAAUAGGUUAAGCUGGAUAGAUUAAAAUCUGAUUGUUCUGGAAAUUUAUAUAGUUGAUAACAGUGACAGUCGCUAACUAAAAUAGUGAAACAUUAUCCAAAAGAAACCUCUCGAUGUUAUGAUGGCUUCGUAUUUUGUAGUGUGUAAUUUGUACUAAAUUACUUACUGAUUAUGAAAAGAUUUUUCAGUGGUUUAUAACUGCAGACAUUCUUCAAAACCUAUUUUAUUUUAGACCCUCUUUUAAUAUACUAGUAUAAUAAUAUGGGGUAACUAUUUAAAAUAUUUGAGGGACAGAUACAGAGUUGUAUUUCUAUUUUAUUUUUCCUUAUGUGUAUUAGCGGAUGAAAAUAAUUUCUUCCGACAUAGUAAAUAGAGUUCCUCAAAUUAAUAAGAUUACUUUGUACAUAGGACUAUGUAUAGUAGACAUUUUCUUAUUGUUAAUGUAAUAACUAGAAUAUUUUGACGUUAUCAUAAUUAAGGUUUAUUUACGUUAGUUGUAGCUGAACUAUGAUGUUCUUCCUUCUCUUCGCAGAAGUGUUUUUAUUGAAACUACAUAAUCAAGAUAAAACGUUUAAUUAAAUAGGAAUUGCUUACAAUAAAUGCAUUAUAUUUUCUUCA